AAAAACAGAGAGAGAGAGAGAGACCCAAAACCAAAACAAAGCCAUAGCGCUCUCCCAGCUCUGCGCGCGAGGUCCUUCGACCUCCGCACAUCCCCACCUAAGGGGGGCUGUGCCUGUGCUCGGGUUCUUCUCCAUCAUCAUCCCUUCCUCAUCCAUGUCUGAACCCCACGGACCUCCUCCUCCGCCGCCGUCACUGCAGCCACCGCCUCCGCCGGUUUCCCUUUACAAGCAGAAGUCUUGGUCGCCGGACGCUUAUCGGGAGGAGGCGUGGCUGCGGAGGAAGAGCAACCGUCUGAAGCAGCGAAGAAGCAAGAGCGUGACCGAUGAGGACCUCGAUGAGCUGAAGGCUUGUAUCGAAUUAGGUUUUGGGUUCGAUUCCCCUGAGGUUGUGGAUCAACGCCUCUCUGAUACUCUGCCUGCUCUGGAGCUCUACUAUGCCGUUAACAAGAACUACUACGACUCUCUUUCCAAGCCCAAUUCUACCACGACAAUAUCCACGACGAUUCCCACGACGUCGUAUUCGUCUCCGCCUUCCGAGUGCGAUACUCUGUCUCCAUUGGGUAGCCCUCAUACCAUGUUCGGCCCUGGCGAUAAUCCUCAAGCGAUGAAGACAAGGUUGAGACAAUGGGCUCAGGUGGUUGCUUGUUCGGUGCGGCAAUCUUCAAGCUAGAGAGCUAAUAUCAGUUUUACAUGUCAGGGAUAAUUGCAAACCAAACCAGAGUUAUCAGUGUAACCAAAAACAUCAACCUCUCAACUUGUUUUUGAUAUGAAUGAUUCGCCAUCAACUCCCAUCACCACCACCUGACUUGUGGUUGGAGUUGGGUUGGGUUGGGUUGAACAAAUAUUUAAAAAAGAAAAAAGCAUAGUACUAAUGGGAACCAACUUGGCUGGAUUGACCUUUU